AUGAAGGCGUCCCAGAACAUCAAGAGAGAAACAAGUCAGAAGCGCACAAAACACGCAUCUCUUCUGGCAAAGUGUACCGCCCCAUUCCACUCCAAGCAGCGCAAUCCGUUGGAGCAAGACAUCCGGCUUGAUGAACCAUUCCGACAGUAUUCGUCUGGUGAUGCCGUCAAAGGAGCAGUACAUAUGAAUGUUGCUAAGUCCCAACGCAUCACCCACCUCGUCAUACGGCUACAUGGCUUCGUCAAAGUAUCGAAUCGCGCAAAGCUUCCGGGCGAGUCCAUAAGCUACGAUGAAGCGCUCAUGGCCUUGGAAAAGGGUAGAGGUAGGCGGGGCAUUGAGUACUUCGGAAAUGGCUUCGCACGACUAUUUGAAAAAGAAAUCGUGCUGUGUGGCGAAGGCCGAGUCCUGGGCCAAUAUGAAUUCCGCUUUGAGAUAGUUCUCCCUUCAAAGGGCAUGCCGUCCGGUAUCGAUUUCGAACACGGUACCAUAUCUUACCUACUCACGUCGACAGUGACGCGCCCCACGACCAUCGCACCAACCUUUUCGCAACACCGAAAGCUUGGCUUUCUGGAGGCCGUUGAUAUCUCGCUGAUCCCUAAGCCAAAGGCUGAGAUGGUCUCGAUGGACGUGGGAUACAAGAGGGGGAAAUCGAAGGCAGGCAAGAAGAAGAAGAAGGCCAGAUCACGAGAACGAGAGGACUCGGACCCGGCCAGCUCAGUUAGUGGCAAGCACAACGAGCACUCCGACAGUCACCAAAUUGACUACGAGCCCCCACGAAGUCCAGUGCCAAGUGAAUUCAGUUCCGCUGCUACCACUGACAGCAGAUCGAGCAACAUGACUGGCUCGGUGACACCGCCUAUACAUACUGUUAUCGAAAGUGCAGAAGAUACUAUCCUCAACCCCUCUCCGACCACUAUAUCCGCAAAGAUCGAGGUCUUACAAGGAGGCUGCUUGGCUGGUGACUCAUUUCCCGUGCGGAUCUCGAUCAAACACAACACGGCCGUCAAGAGUAUGCAAGGCAUCAUCAUUACCUUGUACCGUCAAGGGCGGAUCGAUACCCAUCCGGCCAUACCACUUGGCCCACAGCGACGAGGCGAGAAACCAAAGUAUGAGGAUUACUACCCUAAAUCAUUCACGGGGCUUGGCGGUCUAUCCUUGACCUCGGCCGGCUCAAGCAGAUCUUUCCGACAAGAUCUCAACCAAAUAUUCGCACCCGUCAUCGUCGAUCCGCAGUCUCUCACCGCUGUCAUCAGCACAUCAAUACAAGCUCCCGUGCACCUGUUCCCAACAAUCACUUGCGUACCUGGCGAAAUGGUCAGCUUCAAAUACUAUGUUGAGAUAGUGGUUGAUCUGCGCGCGAAGAUAGGAGGCCAGGACCGCAUUCGUCCACAUUUGAGUAUGACAAGUGGCCUUCAGCAUGGGUAUGGUGACGCAAAGAUGACUAGGAUCGAGGGUUCAGACGGUGUCAGCUACGCGGCAACUCCUGGAUUUAAUUACCUUGUUACGGAUCAACUCCGAAGGACGAAAGGCGUGGUCUUCACUCGGACGGAGAUCAUAGUAGGCACAAAAGACAGCUCACGAAAGCGUCGGAAGCAAAGGGAAGACCAGUCAGCUGUGGACGAGGACAGGUCAUUGAAGGGGUCUGCAGUUCUUGGUGUCGAGAGUACCCAAGACCAAGAUGUUGAUCCUGGACGUCCGGAAAGCUAUGUCGAAGUACGUGACAGUCCUUGCCAACUCGCUAUUGCCCUAGAGCAACACCCAACGGUGAUCAUACCGCCAAUUAAGAACGAAGAAGACCUCGACGAGAAAGGCAGACUACGAAGAGCAGAAGAACGACUUCUCCCCAGCGCCCCACCACAGGACGACGAACCUGCUUCUUCAGCAGCCCCAAUCCCUUCGGCUCCUAUGGCUAUUGAUGAAGAAGAUUUCAUUCGAAGGUACGGCCCGGACCAUCCAGCACCGGCAUACGACGAGCCUCAAGACGACAAGAUGGAGCUCGAGCGUCAACGAUUGCUGGCACGGGCUAGUGCUCCUGACACGGGUGAUGGUGCUGAAGCUGCCGCAGUGGGACAUGAGGGACGAAUCCCUCAGCCUAGUGCUCCAGUGCUUUAUGAAGAUGAUAUGUUUGAUAUCAACGAUCCCCGUGUGCCUCAAGUUCUGGCGGACCAACCUCAUUCCAGGGAGCCGUCGGCUCUAGUACCUAAUGAAAUUAACCCGCAGCUUUCUAACGAUAUGCAUGACUCAGGGCCAUCGAGCGCCCACGACCUGGAGAACGAAAAUUUGCCUGUGUAUAUACGGUAA